AUGGCUACGAUCGCAAAUCAAGCCUAUCCAAUCCUACCCAACAAAUUACUCCUUAUUUCCUUGAAAAUGUACUUCACGCCGUCCCGCACGCUUGAGUACUGUCGCGCGUUGCUGGAUCCGAAGAAUGAUAUAGUUCGACCGCAAAACCGCUCUGAACUCCUUCUGGGCUUGAUUCCCGAUUUCCUAACCAUAUACCCCUGCGCGGAGAUUAUUAAACAAUUCGAGUCCACUCUUCCUACAGAUACCUCCCCGUUCCUACCGGCUCCAUUCCUCCUAGGUGCACAAGACUGUUUCUGGGAACCUCUAGGCGCCUACACAGGCGAGGUGUCUCCGCUUGCACUCCGUUCGAUGGGUGUUUCCAUCGUUGAGCUGGGCCAUGCAGAACGCCGUGCUAUCUUUGGCGAAACGGACGACACCGCUGCCCGCAAGGCUGCUGCGACCUGUGCGCAAGGCAUGGUGCCCUUGGUAUGCAUUGGAGAGGUCAGUGCUCCAGGUGCAGCGGUGUCAGAGGCUAUCGGGCUGGCAGUGCGCGAGUGCGAGAUCCAGAUCCGUGCGGUCUUAAAUGCCAUUCCUACCGAUGCGCCUGUGAUCUUUGCCUAUGAGCCUGUCUGGGCAAUUGGGAAGCCUGCUCCUGCAGGUGUCGACCACAUAUCUGCAGUUGUAGACGGCCUGCGCACAGUGAUCGGGCAGCGGGACGGAGACGUUCGUAUCUUGUAUGGAGGAAGCGCUGGACCGGGUCUGUGGGGACCAGGUGGUCUGGGAAAGGCAGUCGACGGCAUGUUCUUGGGUAGAUUUGCGCAUGAAAUCGAGGGUGUGCGCAAAGUCGUCCGUGAAGUCGAAGAGACCCUCGCUUGA